UAAGUGAUUGUAAUUGUUGAAUUUGCCUCCCGUACUUGUCUUGAACUCUUUUCUCUUUUCGUCUCCGAUCAAGGAGUUCUCCCCAGAUAUAAAUACAUACCACUCCCCCCGUCUUUAUCUCAACGACAACACUUCCUCUACUCUCACUACUACAAACGAUCCUCUUACCAAAAACAACAAUGAAAUUCCUCACCUCUCUCGCCUCGGCCCUGUUGGCCACCACCGCCGCAGCAACCCCCCUCAUCACCCGCGCCAACGACUCAGCCGCCAUCACCACCAAGAAAUUCCACCUCAAGACCUCCUCCAGCAACAGCGACUCCCACAACAACCUCUACGUCUACGCGUACCACACGGGCGCGGGCCUCAACGAUGCCGUGCUGAGCGCCAACGCAGACGACGCGAGCAAGGCGUUUGUCAACGGGACGAAUGUGCAGUUUGAUCUGGGGACACCGUUUCCUUGGGGUGUUAAUAUGGUUGGGGCUACUAACUAUGGUGCAUGGCAAGGCGUCCAAAUCAACACCGGCUACGGCACUUCCGGCUUCGAGCUUGACAAUGCGCAUUUGAAGUGGAGUGAGAAGAAUGGAUUCGGGGGAUGGUUGGUUUGCGACUGGGUUCACAACGCGCCUCAGCUGUUUUACCUGUAUGAGCCGAUGAAGGCGGAUGUUCCGUCGAGCUGCAGUGAGGUUGAGUUGCAGGCUGUUUAUCUUUAAACGGUACUCACUGGACUGGAUGCGAUGCGAUGCGAUCGGGAUGAUAUACGGUCAAGAACGAACAAAAAAAAAAAAAAAGG